AUGGGGUUUAUUUUGUUCGGAAUAUGGGUCUUACUGUUCCGGAACCAGCCAGCGGAUCAUCCACUGGUGAAACAGAUCGAACUGGAGCGAAUACAACGCGACAAGUCUUCGACCAGUUUGCGCGCUGCAGCGACAAGAAGCGCAAAAGUACCAUAUCUUGCAAUUCUAACAACACCUGCUAUUUGGGGUGUUUGGGUUGCCGCUACUGGCGAUCUCAUGGCUUUGCAGGUUUGA